CUUGCCUCUUGCCAUUCCACGACCUCCCUUGCGCGCUCGACCUCUGAUAAGGUCCUUCAUAAGCUACAAGGACUGCUUAUCUGCUUCACGAGGACGAGAAUUGCUUGCAUACGCCACGAGGAACCUCACGAAGACCCGGUCUGCUAGUACAUUCACACGCGCACCUACCUACCAACAUGGCCCUCAAAUCCUACGCCGCCCCGGUCGCGAACUCGACGGACGUGUUCCAGCAGAACAUCUUCAAGGGCAAGGUCCUUUUCUGCACGGGCGGCGGCUCGGGUAUAUGCCGUGCGAUGACGGAGGCUAUUAUGCGCCAUGGCGCGAGGGCGACUAUCGUGGGGAGGAAACUAGACCGCCUCACUCAGGCCGCGAAGGAGCUCUCGGCCGCGACCGGCCAGGACUGCCUCGCGGCUCAGGCGGACGUGCGCAAGCCGGAGACGCUGCGGGACGCGGUGGCGAAGACGAUUGAGAGGUAUGGCCGGAUUGACUUUGUGAUAUGCGGCGCCGCUGGCAACUUCCUUGCGCCCAUUUCUGGUCUUUCCGAGAACGGCUUCCGCACGGUUAUUGAGAUUGAUACGAUCGGCACGUACAACACGAUCAAGGCCACGCUCCAGCACGUACGCGCGACCCAUGGCGCGUACAUUCACGUGAGCGCGACGUUGCAUUAUAAUGGUACGCCGUAUCAGGUGCACGUCUCCGCGGCGAAGGCCGGCGUCGAUGCACUCUCGGCAGUACUGGCCGUUGAGGAGGGUCCACAUGGCGUGCGCUCGAACGUGAUCGCUCCUGGUCCGAUCGCGGGGACAGAGGGCAUGGACAGGCUGUCGGCGAAGGGCCCCGACAGGCCCACUCGCGUCGACGACCUCAUGCCCGCGGGGCGCAUGGGGGACCUUCGCGACAUCGCGAACGCUGCGGUCUUCCUCUUCUCCGACGCCGCCGCAUUCAUCACGGGGCAGGUCCUGCCGGUCGACGGCGGCAGCGAGCAUCUGAGGACUACGCAGUUGCCGUACCCGGCUUCAGUACUCGACCCGGAGGGCGUGCAGUCGAUGAUCAAGGCCCGGAUGUGAGAUGCUCGACGAUGAUGCGAGGAUGUGGACGUGGGUGGGUGGGAUCUAGGUAGGGUGCGACUUUGACUUGGUGGCCAUCGGACGAUAUUCCCCAUAGGGAAGGCUUCGUAUACUGCCUGCCACAUGCUAUACAACGACAUGCUCGUGUCAACAGCAUGCUAUUCCGAUGACGCUGAUCCGACUGAAUUAUUACAUCUACGGUUUAGUAUCAAUAUAUCGUCAGCCCGAAUACAUGACGUCCAGCCCGAAUGAAUGGACGCGAG